AUGUCCAUGUUAGUGCAUCAGUUUACUUCCACUUCAAAUGUGUUGGACAUACGUACAAAGGCCCUCGAAAUUUCUCCGCUAUGGGGUAGAUGUUUACUAAUAUUGGAAAUCGAAUAUAUGCACCGACUGGAACAUUACAUCCUAUUACGAGAGCCUUUCUCGCAGGCGGUUCACCAGCAAGCAUUCAUUCCAUACAUGGACGAAGACCUUGAUAGACUUGCCAAUGUUUUUAUCAACACCAAGAUAAUGAAAGAAGUGCCACAAGCCAAGAAACAGCUGAGAAACGUGAAUAAGGACGUCAUCAACAAGGUCGCAAACAAAAUUGAAACAUCGUCAGCUUUGACUUCGUCCAAAAAGCGUCCUAUAAACUUAUCAUCAUCAACUUCAUACUUAAAAGUUCAAUCUUUAUCUGAAGAAGAAUCAUCCAUUCGACUUUCUAAUGAUUCAUUGCCACACACAUCCAAUCUGUUAACUGAAACAGAAAACUCACCAAAGCAUGCCACAGACAAAUCACCAUCAACUCCCUCAGGGCGCAUAUCAUCUGCUUCGAAGCUUAAUGACACGCCACCAUCGCUGUUCUCGCCCACAAAAUCAGAACAAUUACAUUCACCCGUCCCUAUUAUUGAAACUAAUACAAUAUUAUCACCUCCCCCCUUCUUAGAAGUGGUUGAAACGGAUGAUAUUGUCUGCGAUACUACUAAGCUAUCCAUUGCCACAAUUAUUAAACAGGAGAAUGAAAACAAAUCAACCAACUAUUCCAAAACAAACAUCGCAUCUCAGAUGCUUCCUCCUUUGGACCCUGCCCUCAGCACAAUCUUGAAAGUCAUCGAUGCCAUGCUAAAUCAGACUAACAUCAAAAUGGAGCUACUGUAUAUGUAAAAAAUCUAUGGCAAGCACCAUUUUGCCAGCCUCAUGCUUUCUUCUCAAAUUUUUGAACAUAUACUGAAUCUACUGGAUCAGGAAUCUGAUUUACUCCAACUCAAGCCCACUACUAUGAUCUCUGAAACUAGCUACGUCACGUACAUUUGGCUUCCCCUGUUUAGAAAGCUGUUCCAUACUGGCACCAAUAUACAGAUCAAAACUGGCGAAGCUACAUUCCCAUUCUCC